AUGAUUACAUUAUGUACCGAGUCCAUAGGCUUUGUACAUGGCAUCUCAUUGCGUUCUGCGCUAGCCUCAGAGUCUCGGCUUCGUUUCAACACCAAUCUGCGCCUUUUGACCGCAGCUCGUGGAUGGCGUAACCCUAAUGGCGCCCUUCUCAACGGUAUCUCAGCUGUCCUCCUCGUUAUGUCCUAUAGCUUGCCCUCACUCAUCGUAUGUCUCGACGUCCAGAUCAUGGAAGUUGGUCCUGAGCCUGAGGCUGGAGGUGAUCCCAUCCUCUGGCUAGAAGUGUACUAUGUUGCCAUCACAGGGUCACCUCUCCUCAUUCUGGGCGUCAUACUCCUCCUCCAGGUGAUGAUUGCAUUGUCAGCGAUGCGGGCUGUCAACAUAUUGACAUGGAGCUCCUCACCAUUCGACUUGACUGCUGCACUGGUCCACCACACACAAUUGACCCCUGCUACAUUCCGAUGCAUGCAUUCUGUGUCUGACCUAGACAUGUUUGGAGGUCCAGCGCGACCAUCAAAAACACAGCCUUCUGCGUGGCAUGCUCACCAAAGCAUCCGGAAAGUUGUCAUUUUUCUUUGGGUCAUUGUUGCAGCAUACGCUGGGUGGGCUGCACUCAUCGUGUAUCUCGGGGACCGCUCAGGGCUGUCUCACCCGCUGAUCCAAACGUGGUCGUUCUUCCACAACGAGAACUCCAAUUCUAUCACAUAUGGUAUGCCAUAUGACGGACCUGAGUGGUGGAUUCUGCUCGUUGUCAUCGUCGCAGUUAUCCAGGGACCCUUGACGCUUGGGCUGCAUUGUUCGGAGCUCAUCGCAAAUGUCAUCCGAGACGAAAAACAGUGGAGAUGCGCUACCGGAAGGAAAGGACUUCAAGUGGCGACGAACCCGCUGAAGUCGCUUUUCGCUGAUCCGAUCUGUCUCAUACUUUUCAUUGCGAAGCCGUUCCUGCACUGGAUGUUUGGGCUCUCAUUCAGCACAGUUGAUUGGGCUGUUACCGAGAGCCUGAACAGUGCGACAGUAUUCGUGUUCACUUCCCAGAUCUUGAACUUAUGCAUUGCGCUCCUGAUAUUUGCCUGUUUCUUCACUUUCAUAGCACUGCGCCGACCAUCCGGUCCCCAGCCGGCUGCAUAUGGCCACAUCCAGACGCUUGCCAACCUCGUGGAUGAGUGGUAUCCUGUCAUGUGGUGGGGACACAAGGAGGAUGGAAUCCCGUACUGUCAUGCCGGCACAAGCGAUCACCCGCUGCCGGAUGUUAAGAUGGGCUGUGUUUAUGCUGGUUCCCGUGCUGGGUCUCCGGUAUCCCUCUCAAGCUAUAUCCAGACUGGCGAUGCAUCCACAGCCCACACAAUCAGCCACGCCAUUGAACGAGACACAGAUUUAAUUAUUAGCGAGUUACACUACGUGACUCCAACUGCAUAG